GCCUAUGAGGAGGCGGAAUAAGCUCCCCUUUUCUAUUGUAUUGCGCACGCGCCGGGAGUGAUAAAAAGAUAAUGAUUUUUUAAAAUGAAAUAAUUUAAAAUCUGUCACAUCGCCCCUCUUUAAGAGUCUCCGAAUAUCUUUAUUGUGGUAUCUGUUUGGGGUAAAACCUCUUCAAGCCCCACAGCGGGACCCGCCUCUAUUCCAUCUAUCCUUCACCUGGCUUCCGAGGCGCAUACAUGCCGUCUAUUCUUCUAUUAAUCUAUUUUAUCCUUACAACCUCCCUGCAAGGUAGUCCGAAAGAAGGCCAAGGGCAGCCAUUGAGCUCCCGGGCGGAAGACGGGCGCGUGCGGCGUCCUGUGACGUCACGGCUUUGCAGCUUCCGCCCUCGCGAAGAGACUGUUGAGGGCUAAAAAUCCUUGAAGAGGAGAAUCUCUGGGAAGCUGCAAUUUUGAGAAGCCACGCACGCUGCUUUAAGGUGCUUUUGUUAUGUCAAAAACAUUUAAUGGAGGAAAUCCAGGCCAAGAUGUUUUGCCUUUGAUUCUCUGUGAUGAAGGCUCCCAACUUAGGAACUGGGGCUUAUUGGCCACUGGCAUUCUUGGGGGCUCAUUGGUCGUACUGUAUUCGAUUGCCACCCCAUUCGUUGCUCCAGCCCUGAGGAAGCAUUGUCUGCCGUUUGUACCUGCUACUCCAAAGCAAAUUGACAAUGUCUUGAGUGCGUUGAAGGGAAGAAGCGGAUCCUUGGUGGACAUAGGUAGCGGUGAUGGACGCAUCGUAAUCGCAGCUGCAAAAGUCGGUUUCAAAGCCGUUGGAUAUGAGCUGAAUCCCUGGCUAGUGUGGUAUUCCCAGUACCAAGCUUGGAAAGCAGGAGUGCAUCAUAAUACUAAGUUUUACAUUUCAGACUUAUGGAAGGUCAGUUUUUCCCAAUAUACAAAUGUGGUUGUUUUUGGAGUGCCCCAAAUGAUGCUGCAACUUGAGGAAAAGCUUGGAGAAGAACUCCAGCUGGAAGCCAAAGUCAUUGCGUGUCGUUUCCCUUUCCCCUGUUGGAAGCCGAGUCAUACUGUCGGAGAGGGUAUUGACACAGUGUGGGGAUAUAAUUCAGACUCUUUCCGAAUGGGAGAGAAGCCGGCAGAGCUAUGACCAAGCAUACUCCUGAUUACUUGAAGUUUCAUGCGUAUUGUUCCAGUGACUUUGGGUUUGAUGCAAACAUAUGCAAGAUGAAGCAGGAUUGUGCCAGUGGAUCUUCUGUGCUUCCCCCCAGAAACCCCCAGUGUACCCCCAAAUCACAAAGUGAUGUUCAUGGGACUUUCUUGAACAGGAACUGUACCGAGGUGGAGGAAAUGGGAAUAUCCACUAGUGCACGCUCCUUGAAUGGCAUAAGUCUGGAUCCAACCCAUUGAAUUAUGAAUGUAAUUGUUUUCUAGAUAGACACAAUUCUAUUAGUUUAAUGAGAACUAUUCAGAAGUAAUACUGGGCGGGGGAGGGGGUGCAGUUCACAAGCAUUACUUGUGUCUGGUGUCCUAAAAAAAUCAAGGAAGACUUCAGCCCUGCAAAAUGCAGGUACCUGGGGUUUUUUUUCCCUAGUGAUGGUUCAGAUUUGUACAGUAAAACGUACCCACCCCAAACUCUGAAAAAGCUCUAGGGUAAAACAGAAAUUGAACACAAUUUUUAAAAGUUGCUAAAAUUGUAAGAUGUGAUGAUAAAAACAUUCAAAGUGGAACAGUGUUUUUAAUAAACUCUUUAAUGUAUAGCAAAAUGUAAUAAAGUUGUGUUUAAAAUUG